AUGCGCGCCGGCUCCUGCAUCUUUGCGCUCCUCAGCGCACCCAUUGCACACGCGCAGUGGGACCCGUCCCGCUACCUCUACUUCAACUCCGCAGGCAGCGCCCUCUCAUCCUCCCUCCCUCUAGGAAAUGGCCGCGUCGCCGCAGCCGUCUACGGCACCGCGACCGAGAAAAUCACCCUCAACGAAAACUCAGUCUGGAGCGGCCAAUGGCAGGACCGCGGAAACGCGAAUUCUGCCGGCGCGCUAUCAGCGAUCAGACAAAAGCUCACGAGUGGGGAUGUCACGGGCGCCGGACAGCAGACGCUCGAUGCCAUGGCGGGGAAUCCGACGAGCCCGAAGCAGUACCAGCCCACCGUGGAUAUGGGGAUUGACUUUGGGCACAGUGGCACGUUGGGUGGGUACACGAGGGUGUUGGAUACGAGGCUGGGGACGGCGAUGGUGACUUAUACACUUGGGGGCGUUAACUAUACAAGAGAAUACGUCGCAAGCUAUCCGGCUGGUGUGCUUGCAUUUAGGAUGACGGCAAGUCAAGCUGGGAAGUUGAACGCGAAAAUUUCUCUCAACCGGUCGAAGAAUGUGGCGUCUAAUUCUGCGUCUACUUCAGGUGGAGUAAACGCUGUGACGUUGAAGUCGAACGGCGGCAUUACGUUCACGGCCGAGGCUAGAGUCGUGAGUGACGGAGGUAAGACCUUACGUAGUGGUUCAGCGAUACAGGUGACGGGCGCUACGACAGUCGACAUUUUCUUCGACGCGGAAACUGCAUACAGAUACUCGAGCUCAUCAGCAUACGAGGCAGAACUCAAGAAGAAACUAGACAACGCAGUCAAGGCCAGUUAUGAGGGUGUCAGAACGGCAGCGGCCAAGGACACAGAGGGUAUCCUUUCGCGCGUCGAUCUCAACCUGGGCUCCUCUGGCUCUGCCGGUAGCCAACCCGUUCCCACACGCCUCUCAAACUACAAAAAAAACCCAAAUGCUGAUCCUGAGCUGGUGACUCUUUACUUCAACUAUGGUCGCCACCUUCUGCUAGCAUCUUCUCGCGACUCUGGCGACCGAUCGCUGCCAGCGAAUCUGCAGGGUAUCUGGAACGACAACUAUGACCCGCCGUGGCAAAGCAAGUACACAAUCAACAUCAACACCGAGAUGAACUACUGGCAUGCUCUCACAACCAAUCUCCAAGAGACUCACAAGGCAUUAUUCGACCUCAUCGACAUUGCACGUCCCCGCGGUAACGCCAUGGCAAAGAAGAUGUACAACUGCAACAGUGGGUUUGUUCUCCAUCACAACACUGACCUCUGGGGUGAUGCAGCCCCGGUCGACAAGGGAACGCCUUAUACGAUGUGGCCGAUGGGUGGCGCAUGGCUAUCUCAGCACGUCAUGGAACACUAUCGCUUCACGCAGGAUAAGACUUUCCUGCAAGACCGCGCAUGGCCGAUUCUAAAAGACGCCGCGGACUUCUACUACUGCUACCUCUUCCAGUACAACGGCAACUACGUUACGGGCCCCACCGCCUCCCCCGAAAACACCUACAUCGUCCCCUCUAACAUGAAAACCGCAGGCAAGAGCGAAGGCGUGGACCUCGCAACCGCGUGUGACAACGAGCUUCUCUUCCACCUCUUCAGCGACGUUCUUGAGGCUGCAGAGGUCCUGGGCAUCAAUGGCACAGAUGUCACAAAAGCGAAGGACUACCUCUCCAAAAUCAAAGCCCCGCAGGUAGGCUCCAAAGGCCAGAUCCUCGAGUGGCGCAGUGAGUACAGCGAAGCUGAGCCGGGGCAUCGCCACUUCAGCCACCUCGUUGGUCUCUAUCCUGGGUCACAGAUGACGCCGCUGGUGUCAGACAAGCUUUCCAAGGCGGCGAAGGUCAGUCUGGACAACCGCAUCAAGGCUGGCUCGGGCAGCACGGGGUGGUCCCGCGUGUGGGCGAUGAAUCUGUACGCGCGCUUGCUAGACGGGGCGUCUGUGUGGUCGAACGCUAUCACCUUUCUGCAAACCUACCCCCUCGAUAAUCUCUGGAAUUCCGGGGAGAACAGGUGGUUCCAGAUCGACGGCAAUUUUGGCUUCACGUCGGCAAUAGCCGAGAUGCUGCUCCAGAGCCACUCGGUCGUGCAUGUCUUGCCUGCGCUGCCCAAGUCUGCGGUGCCGAAGGGAAGCGUCAAGGGGCUGGUUGCGAGGGGCAACUUUGUAGUGGAUGUGGAGUGGAGUGGAGGCGCGUUUGUGCAGGCUACGGUGACGUCCAAGAGUGGCGCGGACUUGGAGCUUAGGGUGGAGGGUGGAACGGCGAUCAAGGUAGAUGGGAAGGCGUAUGGCGGGCCGAUCAAGACGACUGCUGGGGGAAAGUACACCGUUACCAAAGCGUGA